AUGAUGAGGAUUUCACUGACAGUUUGCGUUAUCGUGCUGUGCUGCAGCGUUUCUGCUUUUGGCGGAAAACUGCCAGACGAGAAGAAAACGUCUGACGACGGAAAAACCCACGACAAGAGAGGCAUUUUCGACACCGGCUAUGGAUAUGAAGCGGGUGACGAUCAUCAAGGACACGGCAAAGUAUUGUCCAAAACCAUCAUCAAGGAAGUCGCCCAACCGUACCCAGUCGAAGUCGAGAAACACGUACCGUACCCAGUAAAGGUCGAAGUUCCCGUCGAUCGUCCUUACCCAGUGCACGUGCCCAAGCCAUAUGCGGUCCAUGUGGAGAAGCCCGUCCCAUACGAAGUUAAAGUAAAGGUGCCGCAACCUUACACCGUUUACAAACACGUUCCAUAUGAAGUAAAGUAUCCGGUUGACAAGCCGUACACCGUCCACGUGCCCAAACCGUACACCGUUUACGUGGAAAAGCGCGUCCCUUACGAGGUCACCAAACACGUCCCUUACACCGUAAAAGUGUACGUCGACAAACCUUACACCGUCCACGUACCAAUAACGAAACACGUACCGUACACCGUCGAGAAGCCGGUACCCUAUACGGUCAAAGUUCCGGUGGACCGCCCAUACAAGGUUACCGUGGAGAAGCACGUGCCGUACCCUGUCGACAAACCCGUACCCUAUACCGUCGAGAAACCAGUACCUUACCUGGUCAAAUUUCCCGUGAAAGUCGAAGUGCCAGUGCCGUACAAGGAACACGAAAAUGAAGACAAAUACUCUUCAUCAGAAGCCCUAUACGAAGACAAACAACCGCAAUACGGUCAACACGAGCACGGAAAUUAUUGA